AUGAGCAAUAUUAGCUGUCACCAGGCGGGUCCCUGGUGGUGCACCGUUGUCGAGAUGUGGAACGUCACUGCCCCUGCAUCUCUCCCUAUCUCGGGACUCCUAUUGGCGAUAUUGGGGUUGGUUUUGUGGUCUCUCUAUAGCGGCAAACCAACACUGGAUCCUCAUGAUCUGAUUCUUUUUGACAAGACGUACCAAGAGCGUCUAGACAUCAGAAAGAAUUUGGUCAAAGAACACCCUCAGAAGAUUAUCGGCAUUACAAAUGGAGCCGACCCUCGCAUUGGAGCCGCGAUCAGAGAGCUGUAUCAUACUUUGAUGGGAAACUAUCUUCCUCAACGAUAUCCGACAAUUUUUGAAAGCAAAGAUUCCUCCAUCCGAAAUACAGUUACGGGGGAAUCGUGGCCCACCAAUUUAACAGAUUCAACACCAGCAAGGCUGGCACUCGAGAUUUUGCCUGUCAAUGUCGACGAAGACUUCUUUAUUCUUCUUCCUGAUAACCAGACAGAUAUGAAGAGAACUGCCGGUGAUGAGGACGAAACGACCUAUAUUUUAGAAGCGUACAGCGCAUGUUUCCCCUCAGGCUUCGAACCUCAACACAAGCUAGGCAAAAAAUUAGCAUCAAUCCAUGAUCCCGUACCUGGAUACAAGGAGAGACUCGAAAAGAGCAUGGACCGCUUCUUCAGAACUCUACCACCGGGCAAAUACGUCAGGAGAGUGAACUGGGCCGUUACUGUUGAUGAGGAGUUGUAUUCCAAUUUUGACAAAAGCGGAAAUGCCAUGACGAAGGAGUUUAAGCAGCUGGGUGUUGACGAUCUCGACUUAGACAAGGUAUGUGUUCUGGAUAUACUCGUGGUACCCAGAAGGGAAGAUGUUGAUGGGAAACAGACAUUCCUCCGCUGUGAGCGGCAAACUCUUCAUCGGUUGCCGCAGUCGAACGCAAUUAUCUUUGCUUUCCACACGUAUUUGUACCCACUGGAACAGGUUAAGGCGGAAGGUCUAGGCGAGGAGCUGGCUACCGCCAUUGAUGGUCUGACGCGGGGGAACACACCUGACAUCUUUUUGUAUAAGAAUGGGCCCAAGUGGGCGGCGGCUGUGAAGCAAUACUUGAGAAGCUGA